AUGGGGUUAAUUUCAGGAGCAACAAUCAUUACCUCUCUCUCUCUUUUCCACAUCACCCUCGCAUUCUUUUUCAUUACAAAUCCAGUUGCGAUUGCUGAGCAGUCGCUGGUUUUCAUUAUGGGUGAAUCCAUGGGAAUGCCCUACGAACGUUCCUUCGACCACCCGUCUGCACCCAUAUCGUUUCUCGGAAUUGUAUUCCUCUUCCUUGGUAUCACCGACCUAGUUUCCGUAUCUAUGCCUGAAGAUAUCUCCCAAUAUCACUGGGGAACUCAAGCACCCAUCCGAUUUUCCAUCUCCGCCGGCCUAGCCUUGUAUUCCUGGCUCUUCUCCUCCGCCUCCCCUAUGCUCACCUCACGUAGCUCUUACCGCAGUGGUGGCUGGGGCGAGGGUCUCAAGAACCGCGUCAUUUUUACAUGGGGUUUUAUUGAAAUGAUGGCUUGGUUCUGGGUUUUCGUUACUUUGAGGGAGGAGCGACAACAAAUUGCGAUUAAGAAGGCUGAGAAAAAGGCUGCUGAAGAGGAUAGGAUGUGA